AGCUCUCAGUUCUGCUUCCUAGCUCCCUCUCCAAACCUCUCUCUCUCUCUCUCUCUCUCUCUCUCUCUCUCUCUUCCUCUUGGGCUAUGAGGAUGUUUGGAGGUUCCCACUGAGGGUCGACAUAUCUAAGGUGAUGGGCUCUGUGGGAAAGAAGAUGGGGAAGGAGAAAAAAGAUGGGUCAUGGAACAGACCCUCCUACCCCUCCAUCUCUUGUAGUCUCUCUCUCACCCCCACACAGCUGCUUCCCCAGCCGCUGUGUAGAAUUUCUCUUCGCCACCUUCGCUGAGAACACAAACAACAAUAAUCUUCAGCAGAGAGAGAGAAAGAGUGUGUGAAGCCUUUGAUAUAUAUCUGCACCAUUUCUAUUCCGUCGAACCUCUUACACAUCCAGAUCACAAAUCUAUUGUUGGUAUUGGGCUGAAAACCAACCAUACCGGCAACCAUGAAGCGGCUCAGCACCUCAGACUCUCUGAUCCCCAUCUGUCCGACUGGUGACGAAGCGAAGGGGAUGUAUGAGAGAGGAUUCCAGCCAAUAAUAGACGGGUUGGACGAGGAGGAGUGCGGUGACGGGGAGAUGUGCUCCUCCGCCGGCAGCGGUCGGGAGAAGAAGCGCCGCCUGAGCGUGUAUCAAGUUAAAGCGUUGGAAAAGAAUUUCGAGGUGGAGAACAAAUUGGAGCCGGAUAGAAAGGUGAGGCUGGCACGCGAGCUCGGCCUCCAGCCCCGGCAAGUCGCCAUCUGGUUCCAGAACCGCCGCGCCCGGUGGAAGACCAAGCAGCUGGAGCGCGACUAUGCCGCCCUCAAGGGCAGCUAUGAAGCGCUCCGCCUCGACUUCCACAGCCUCCAUCGGGACAAAGAGGCCCUCCUCGCCGAGAUGAAGAUGCUGAAAGACAAGUUAGCAGAGGAGGAGAGCGCGAGCUUCUCCUCGGUGAAAGAGGAACCGCUGGUGUCGGAAUCCGAGAACAAGGCCUCGGGGGAGCCACCGGCUCCGGUGUACAAAGACGGGUCGUCGGACAGCGACUCGAGCGCUGUCCUCAACGACGAGAACAGCCCGCAUGACCAUCGCAGGAUGUCGUCGUCGACUGCCUCCGGGAUGUUCUCGGCCGCCAUCGGAUUCGAAAACUCCACAUCCUUCCCAUGCUCACCACCCUCAUUACUAAAUUCCGACUCGAGGCAACAAAAGGGAUUUCAACACCAGCUGUUAAAGACCGAAGACGAUGAAUUUCUUAGCGGCGAGGAGCCAUGCAGCAGCUUCUUCUCAGAUGACCAUGCGGCCACUCUCAGUUGGUACUAUUCCGAGCACUGGACCUAAACGGCGGAGGUGGUGGAGGAGGAGGAGGACGAGCAGGAGGAGAAUAAUAGUGUUGACUGAGGAAGGGGCCGGGUUGGAAUUUUUGUGAAGUUGGAAAUGUAUGUAGCUGUUGGAAUUAAUGGGUACUCUGUAGCAUGCAGUAGUAGUGUACAAAAGCUAUUUCCAGGUUGCAGACGAGUAGAUAAAAAAAGGAGAGUAAGGUGGAGAGGGAUAGAGAGAGAGAGGGAUAAAGCUUGAUCUCUUUUUAUCUCGAAUAAAGGAAUCCUUUUAAUAUUUUGCUAAAUAAA